AGAUUGGGAAUAUAUAUCAAAAGUUAUGGGAACCUGGGAAUCAGAUAAAACCAAUUCUCUAACUCUUAAAGAAUAUACGCAUAGAAGUUCAUUAACUUUACAGGCCAGUGCCUUUGAUAAUGCUGUACCACCAAUGUUUGGUUGGUUACAUCUUGAAAUAAAGAAAAAAUGGAGAAAACGUUACUUUCAAUUAAAAGAUGUUCUUCUUUGUUCAAUGACAUCUUUUGAUGUUUAUACAUGUAAACAACCGAGAAAAAAACAACCAACUAAAUUUGGUUUUGCAUUAAAAUCUCAAGAGAAAUUUUCUUUAUUCGAAAAUCCAGAAGAUUAUGUACAUUUCUUGUGUGCUGAUCAUUUGGAAAAAACGAAUGAUUGGGUUUUAAGUAUUAGAGCAGCAAAG